AAUAAUUUUUUUUUCAAUUUUAGAUUAUAUAUUCUUAUAAAUAAUUGUUUUAUAUAUUUAUUAGAAAUAUUGUAUAUGCGUUUAAUUCAGCAAGCAGGACCGCCAGCAAAUUCUGUAACUCGUUUGACCCCAGAAAAGGAAGAGGAAAAUAUUCAAAAAACUGCUGAAGAAAAUAAAGCUUUAGAUUCUAUAAAGGAGUUGACUGGAAAUAUUUAUUUUGCUGUUGACAAUGAGCAUGACAUCGAUUAUGGACAAAAUGGAUUUUUAUCAGCCGAUCGAUUUCAAUCUGGAGAUUGUUUGCCUUUAUUAAAUGAUAAAAUCCAAGAAAAUCUUGACUUGCCAAAACUUGAAAUUAGUGGUUAUGGGGAUUGUAAUGGAGCUAGAAAUGACUCGGAAAUUAAGAAUUUUAAUAAUGAUGUUUGGAAUCUUGUUGAAGAAGGGCGAGCUUUGGAGACGAAAGGAAUAAAUAAAAUUGAGCCUAACAAUAAUUGGCCUUUAUAUCAAAGCAAUCAAAAUAACAAAAAUAUUGAAAAAGAACAUUUAACUUCAAAAUUAAAUAAUAUUGGUAUAAAUACAAUCACUACAAUAGCUCCAUCAAUUACUUCAAACACAACAACUACGACUACAUCUACAACUUUGGGAAAUGAUCGAAUUCAAAUAUUCGAUGGGAAUAGAUUUGAUCGUAAUGAUCCACAACUUUUUUAUUUAUCGCAACAGAAUUUGUCUCCUCAAAAUCGACAAAAUCAAAUAGAUCGUGAAAGGACUCUUAAAAAACGUCGAAAACAAAAUUCUAAGGAUAAAAGUUUAAUUAUUAAGCCGCAAGAUGAACCUGGUUAUGUUGGGCAUAAGGAUGUUGAUGUUAUUAUGAAGGCAAUGGGUUUUGAACAGUCUCAACAACGUUCACAAAAGGCUACAAGUCCUGGAAAUGGAGUUAAUAUUGGGACUUCUAUUGCUUCUAAUAAUUCAUCAAUUAAUGGCAAUUCUUCAACAAAAAAACAAUCAAAGAAACAAAAACAGAAGCCUCGUCAACAACAAAACAAAAAUAAACAAACAAAUAAUGGAAUAAAUACUCCAAUUAAUGUUGAUAAACAUGCUUCAAAUACGAGUAAUAGUUUGGAUGGGAAUGUUGUUGGAAUGGAUGUUGAUGAGGAAAUGGAUGUUGAAAUUGAAUUGGAUACUGUUGAUGAACAAAAUCAACCAAAGCAAGAAGAUAUAAUUGAGGACACCAAUAAAUCUAUUAAUGAAGUUAAAAUUUUAGAAAAUGAAAAUAAGGAUAUUGAUGAAGAAAAAAUUAAAGAGGAACAUUUAAAAGAAGAAAAGGAAAUUUUAAAUAAAAAUAUUGAAGAACAACAAAAUAAGGACACUAACAAUAAUAAUCAACAAAAGCAGGUUAUUAAACAGAAAGAAGGAAAAGAUAAUAUUAAAGCUAAAUGGACUUCUUCAAAAGUAGAGGAGAAGAAGCGUUUAUGGAAACAAAAAAUUGAAACAACUCCUUUAAUUAAGCGAAUACCCAAAAAUCUGUUGACUUCACUUGGUUGGAAAAAUCCAAUUACAAUUAUUAGUCCAUUUACCAAUCGUAACAACAAUAAUCAACAACAACAACAAGCAAUUGACAAAGAAGAAGCAAUUAAAAUUUGGAAUCAAAAUCCAGCCCCAAAACAAUUUUUGGAGAAAACAAUUAUUGAACAACAAAAAUUUAUUCAUCAAAAUAAAACAAAACAAAAAGGAGGAGGAGGGAAUUCUGGUGGGAGUGGAAAAGGAGGAAUUAAUAAUGGACAUUUAAGUCAAACACAACAACAACGUAAACAACAAAUGGCAACUAAUAAUAGUAGGCGGGCAAUGAAUUAA